UUUCAGAAAUGGGCCCAAUUACUGCCAACUCUUCAAAAUGUGCAACAGAAGAUCAAAUGAUACUCCAAACAUCUCUAUUACUACGAAUUAAUGUAAUUAUAAUGACAAUAGUGGCAAUUAUCACAUUUAUUCUUACCUACAAAGCAUUGUUCAUUCUCAAAAUACGACCAAUUUUUCACAGUUCUACCAAAAUUUUACUCUAUACUAGCUUGUUAUUUGUAAAUGUUCAUGCGGUUAUUUUCAUGGUUAUUCAGAAUACUGCCUUAAUCCGGAGCUUCACAUUAAGCGAUAAGCCAUGCGAAAUAAUGAGGACAACUCUAGAGUGUCGAUUUCAAAAUCACGUGCUCAUUUUUGGAAUAGCGGGUGUCAACUUUAAUCAAUUCGGGUUGACUGUAGAUAGACUUUUGGCGACAAUAAUUCCACAAUCCUACUCACAUAUGGGUGCACUUCCAGGAGUUAUUCUGUCAGUUCUUGUGGUCGCUUGCAGUAUCGCAGCUCCUCUAAUCAUUGCAAUUGGUGAUCCAUACGAUGAUAUUGUGCCAAACUGUUUCUUUUUUCCCGAACAUUCUGCUCCGCGAGCCAAUAUUUUCUUGGUCACAUUGAGCACUCUAGUUAUCACUAGUAUAUUCCUAAACUUCAUCAUCAUAUAUGCAAACAAAAAGCUGGAGAAAGGAACUCGUUUCUAUGUGACUCAAAGAUAUCAAAAACGAGAAGCACUCAUCUCAACUCGUAUCAUCUCAUAUAUUGCUGCGUCACAGUUUCUCGGAUUGACACUUUACUCGACAAUGGUGUUGACUUUGAGACUUCACAAAUCAAUGAUUCCCAUCUCUAUUUAUCAUAAUAUGGUUUGGUGGGCUUAUACUGUUCCAUUCGCAGCGGUCUCCUUGCCAGCUUUACUUAUAUAUCGUAUCAAUCAAGUGGGUUCAAAUCGAAAACGAGUCAUAAAUCGGAUAACUGCAAAGGUGGAAACUCAGGAGGAACAUAUGAAAUCUUUAAAAGAAUUGUGGGCAUGAUUAGUUAUGUACAAUAUUGAAUGACUAUAUGGAAGUAUGAAAAUAUAAAAAUUCCCAAUGAAUUUUUUACAAGAAAUUGAUUUAUUUUUUAUUCAGAAAACGCAUAAUAAAGUUCAUAAUAACCCGUA